AGUCUAUGGUUGAGAACGGUAAUGUUUACACGCCGACCACAAACAAAGGGAUAAGUUGCCCGAAACGUUUAUUAUUAUUUAAACGAGUUCGAUAGACUAACAAUUAAAGUAACGGGGUUUCUAGUGCUGCUGUGCAUAUAUAAAUGGGCGUGACAGCCGCACAAUAACAACAACACAACAAAAACAACGUCUCUGCUUCCGGUUUCUGGAUGUAGCUGUCAGACUCCAGCAUCUUUUUUUAACGAGGAACCGCUUUAUCAGCAGCCUGCAUUAGAAUGAGCGAAGGAGAAGUGUUUCAUGAGAAGCAACGACUGGAGCUGUGCGCCAUUCAUGCACUCAACAACGUGCUACAGGAGCGGGUGUUCACCAAGGAGACGGCCGAUGACAUCUGUAAACGGCUGGCUCCACAGUGUGUGGUGAACCCUCAUCGGUCGGUGUUAGGCACGGGAAACUAUGACGUCAACGUCAUCAUGGCAGCACUACAGAGCAGGGAACUGGCUGCAGUGUGGUGGGACAAACGCAGGUCGGUACAGAGUCUUUGCGUGUCAAAGGUCCAGGGCUUUAUUCUUAAUGUCCCAUCACGAGUAUCGCUUGGGAUCGUGUCCCUCCCGCUCCGACGGCGGCACUGGCUCGCAGUUCGGCAAGUUAAUGGACAGUACUACAACCUCGACUCCAAACUGAAGAGCCCUGUUUGUAUUGGCGGAGAGGCAGAGCUACGCUCAUUUCUCAGUGAACAGCUUUCUCAGGAUGUGGCAGAGAUGCUCCUGGUUGUCCGACGGGAGGUGGAGGAGGAUGGUUCAUGGCUGAACUCUGACAACCCUCAAAAGUGAUGCCUUGGGAUAGGACAUACCUUUACAUUUUAGCAUGGAAAAAUAAACUCCUCUGGGAAAAGGACAGACAAUUUUUUUGGAAAACAACAAACCUCUUCAGGGAAUGCACUAAAAUACAUUUAAUAUCUACACACAGACACACAGCGGAAGUUCCAAAGAGAAGCAGAGACGGGCGCUUAGUCUCAAAACGAGGAACUGAUUGUAACAAUUGUAAAAGCUGAUAUGAACCAUGUAUUUGCAUUGUCCUGCUCUUGGUACAUUUAUUUGAGAGGGUGCAUCUAAGCUAACAGUGUUGCAAGUUGGGGGCAAUUGUGGGCUAGUUUCAUGAUACUUGAGUUGAGACGUAUAUGACUGAACAUUCACUGUUUUGUGGUAGAAAACCUGCAGACAGUGUUUGUGCAUGAAAAACCAUCUACAGUAAUGAUAACUGGAUGACUUUGAUUACUAAAACACCAAGAGAAAAUUUUCUAUGUUGGAUAUCACUGGACGUUUAUGAUCCAGUCACCAAACUUAGAUCAGUAUGUGCUGUACGUACAAGAUGGUAAAGCCAACAUUUAUCAGUUCUCAAGCGGCAUCUGAGUGCACCAUCUCUUCCCCUGACCUUUGUUGUAAACUUUCUAUGCACUAUGUAGCUAGAUUUGUUAGCACUGUUUGUCUUUGUGUGUUCAUACAGGAACGUGUACUGUGAAGGUAUCACCUGGUGAGGCAUUGAAGGACUGUACCAGUGUCUUUGCAUGUUUUCAUCAGUUUACUACAAUCACUUUUCAGAUAUUGUCGAUAACAUGAUUUUAGAUUUUGGAAUGUGUUUUUAUGAUCCUCCAGGCAGCACAUUUAACUUUGGUUUACAAAAAACAAUUUGUAGAGAUUUGAAACAUGGUUGAGAAGGUCAUCUUUCACAAUGAACAUCUUGCCUCUUUUUGUUUGUCCAAGUCAUGUUAUUGUGGUGUUGAAUCCACACAGUAAUGGAGCUUAACCAAACUAAAGGUAGACAUGUCAUCAUUGUGAUGGGUUACCUUUUAAAACCAGGUAUUUAAGUGUCAAAAAGUAAAAGUAAACGAAAAUAAAGGGAAGCAAUGCAGGAAUGGAAAGUACACUAUUCUCAGUUAGUUGUAACUGAGAUAAACAUGCAAAAACACUGGCUCUGUGACUGUAUGUAACCUUUGUGUUUGUAUUUUGUCUCCUAUUGAUCUAUGCAUAUCCAAAAGAGUAGGAGCACUGUCUCCAGUACACACUAGUGACUAACUCAUGCGUAAACCUAAGCUCAGAGGUUCAUAAUAUUGAAACUUAUUUAUAUUAAACUUUGACCUUUUUGUUUUAAGUAUGAA